AUAUAUCUCAAACUAUAUCUUUGUUGUACUGUAAUUAGGGAUGUUAUUGACGUUUUGAUUAAAAAUAAAAAAAUUGAUGCCCAGAUGGAUUCGGAGAGCUAUAUGUUUGGACCCUACAAGAUCGACUUAAAGCAAGUGUUUUACUCUACUCAACUUUCUUAUGCUCUGGUCAAUCUCAGACCUGUUGUUCCUGGUCAUGUGCUUAUCUGCCCAAGGCGUGAAAUUAAGCGCUUUGUUGAUCUCACUGCUGAUGAGACUAGUGAUAUAUGGCUUACAGCGCAGAAGGUUGGCCUACAGCUUGAGUCCUAUCACAAGGCAUCUUCACUAACAUUUACAAUCCAAGAUGGACCUCAGUCUGGACAGACUGUUCCUCAUGUUCACAUUCACAUACUCCCACGCAAAAGAGGCGAUUUUGAGAAAAACGAUGAGAUUUAUGAUGCUAUUAAAGAGAAGGAGAAGGAACUUAAGCAAAAGCUUGAUUUGGAUGAAGAAAGGAAGGACAGAACCAUAGAAGAGAUGGCUGAAGAGGCAGCCAACUACAGAAAGCUUUUCACCUAAGCUUUGUAUCAAGUUGUGGUUUCACAUUCCGAAUUUGAAUUCACGACAUGUGUGCUUUCUUAGGUUAUAUACAUGGUCAGAGUUUAUAUUCAUGGUUUACUGUGUGUAUAAUUUCUAGUUUUCCACCAGAAUAAGGAAUUAUUCUUGAUGAACAAGAUCAGUAAAAUUACACAGGAUUUAAUUGCUGCUCUUUUGGAUGUGGAAGACCACAUAUUUUGUAUUUUAUGCCAUUUAGUUUGUUUGUUCCUCUUGUAUAACUUGUGUAAAAUGAGUCCUAAGUCAUCUAAGAAAUGUAACGACAUGGCAUGUUUGUUGGGUUGUACUAGAUAUGACUAGAUAGAAUAGUGAACGAAAUUCUUUCUUAU